AUGUUAAAAACUAUUGCACUCUCGGUAUGUGUACUGCUCCUAGCCGCACCGGGAGAAGCACAAACUGAGACGGAAGCACCAACAACAAUUACAACCAAAGCUCCAAGCAGCACCACUCCAGUAUCGAGCACGGUGGUAUGGGUGACUGAACCACUGAACGAAGGCCAAGCUAUACAGAAAGCUUUACAGUAUCUGCUGCAGCACCGCCAGCCUGAUUGGGGCUGGGGCAAUGACACCCACCAUGUUAUGCUGACUCUACAGUUAGCCAAUAAUACUGGUAAGGAAAUAGAACAGCAAGGGUUGGAAAUGCAACUGUCAGCUAAGCAGAUGGAGAUAGAGAUUCUACUCAUGAUAUCUAAGCAUCACGAGUCACCACCACCAUUAGGCCGUCUAGCAGCUUACACGUUAGCCCUAGGUGCGCUAUGCAAAGACCCUCGAUCCUUCCACGGCAGGGACCUGGUAUCAGCGCUUUUGCACCGAGAGCCGCCUCACGACUUGGAGUUUGCGUACGCAACUCUAGCCGCCUGCUCAUCUGCUGCUCAUGUCCGUCGUCGUCACAUCAGGCGGUUGCUGGAUAUUGCAAAUGCUGCUGCUGACCACAGUUUAGACACGAUAUCGAUGGUGAUAUUGGCGCUACGUUGUGUGGUCCAAGACCAUCGUCACCGCAGCCUUCUCCAUUUUGUUCGUCGUCCGAUGGCUGGUCUUGCACGACAGCAGCACCCUGACGGUAGCUUCGGUUCGCUUACCACUACCGCACUUGCUAUACAGGCUCUCGAAGACUCGGACAGUGGACCUGGUGCCCAUCAACACUGGAGCCUGCCAGCAGCUAGAAAGUGGUUACUAGAGUGUCAGGAAACAGAUGGUGGUUGGGGUGAUGUGGAAAAGACAGCUGCUGCAGUUGCAGCAUUGACUCCAGCAUCUUUAGCAGCUGUGCGUCCACCGCAUUGCAGUGAUAAACUAUUGGAUAGUCGCCAUGAACCGCUUGAAAAUGGAGGGGAUGGUAACCUAAAGAUGGCGUACCAAUCAGGCCAUGCUGGUAACGAAUCUGAUGCGCGUAAUGUGUCAUUUACUUACACCCUAUGGCUGGGAACUAACGUUACUGAAAAUUAUACAUUGUAUAUGGUUGCACCAAGGAAUGUCUCCUUUUACCACGUAAUGCAAAUAGCCGCGGAGCAGGACCCGAAGUUCAAAUUUGAAGCCAGCGAAUGGCCAAACGGGCACUAUGUCCAUACUUUAGCUGGUCACAAGGAAGAGCCUAUGGGUUACCAUUAUUGGCUGUUGUACCGUCUCCCAGAAGUGCCUGACCCCGCCAGCCCACCUGGCAAUCAGCUAGUUGCUCCUGUUGGUGUCGAUGACUUACUCGUAGAAGAUGGAGAACAUUACCUGUUCUGGUAUAAGAAGUUGUAA